AUGCGGACUUUUUACGCCGUCGGUACCAGUGGCUGUGUUGAUUUUGUCUUCGGUGGACAUUUUCGUUACAUCGUACUCUUGCUAAUGUGGACUGCUGUGUGGAACUGUUUCGUUCCAAUCGUUACAGUGAAAUCGCACAAAGAAAGCGGUUACGAUUAUUGCAUGCUUUGGCAUGAAGAGCAAAAAGUAAUCCUAGCUAGCGGCCAUCGAAUGUUCCUGAUGCAUCUCUCCUCGAACCAGUCCAGCUUAUUGCCAAUAUUGGAAUGGCCUAGUGAUCCAUUACCUCCGGUUCUGAGUUCCAUAAUUGAACUGAAGCGGUGUAAAGCAGCCAUUAAAUGGGUGGUUCCACUGUUUGAUUGUGCGUACGAAGUGUGCGGCUCCGUGGGACACGACAUCCACUGUCAUGUUUAUACGGUAACCAAUACGAACACGUGGAAAUGGAUAUCCACACAGAAAAUUGCCUUCCAAUCAAACAUUCAAAGUUUACUUCAUCAUUACGUGGAUGGCUACUCCCUUCUCGCUUACAGUCCAAUGGAUAGUAGCACAUCCAUUGUUCAGCUUAGGGGGGUACUGACAGGAAUUCCCUCAACCGAUAACGACAGGACAGACCAGGCAUUGGAAAACCGAGAUUGGUGGAAUAAGGUGCUGGAAACCAGUAAUCACAAUCACAUGCAGUUGACAAUUAGUCAUAAAUUGCGUUUCCACUAUGUGAUCUCCGCUCCUGGCCGGAGAUAUUUGAUUUUUCAGGAGCCUGGACUGGAGUCUCAUUAUCAACAGUCUCUUUGGACACAGAAGUAUGAAGACGUGAUUUACACAAGAAUCGCUCGUGUAUGUACUGGCGAUCCAGGUAUGCGGAGUCCAAAGGAUGGACGGCUUUUAUUCACAUCCUUCUUCAAAGCUCGCCUGGUGUGUCGAAUCCGAUCAAAUGAUUCAGCUCAUUCUCUCAGGUUCAAUAAUGCCAAGUAUCAAUCAUCUGAAAUACACUUCAACUAUCCAAUAUCUUUCACACAAUCUUUCAUCAAUGGUGUACACACCGAUCCGGUUAUCUAUGGACUAUUCUCCGCUGUCGAUCCGGAACUGCUAGAUGAGAUGCCUGAAGAACUAACACGUGGUUUGUACAAUUUUGCACCGUUGGCCUUGUGUGCUUAUCGGUUGACGGAGAUUGACAAUCUGAUGCGUUCUAGUGAUCUAAUACAGUUUAUCCCUUCCCUUGGACGUACAUCCAAUCCGGACCGUUUUACGGAGAACAUGGUGUACAACGUGUCCGGCAUCCCAAUCUCCACUUCUUCAGUUCCCAUCGAACGGAAAGUGACACGAAUUCGUCGAAUACACAGUGACCAUUUGGAAACAAUAACCGAUUGCCCUGGCCCAUCCAUAAACAACCGACGUUUAGCUCUGGAGGCGCCCUUGUUGGCCAAUCCGAUUCUGCCUCAGAACAGUCAAGCUCUGGGCCUCAUACAUCCUCGAUUCCCUAUCACCACAAUGAUGGCCGACCCGCGCUCGUUUCAAAUAGAAAACGCAAUACAUUCUACCGGGACCCAUCCUAGCCGCAGCAACAUUCAAAUCUUGUAUAUUGGUACACAAUCUGGCGAGGUGUUUAAACUUCUUCUGAUCAAUCCCGAUGUGAAGCAUGUAACUCAGACCACACCCAAUCAGUAUCAGCAAACUCCACAGCCCCGUGAUAUUGAUAAUUCCGUUUUGGCAAGUGGACAAAUUCAUGUGAUUCAAAGGUUGAUCAAGUUACCUCAUUCGCAACCGAUCCGGACACUGCAGUUCGUCCAAUACGAUUCAUCAGGUGGAAUCCGACACGUAUCUUCACCCCCAAUCAUCGAUGGCGUUGCUAUGGGUUCACCCAUCGGACCUGUUCUGGUGGACAUCUUCAUGGCCAAGCUAGAGACAACUUCUUUAUCUACAGCCAUUAGAUCUUUCGAACAAUAUCACUGUUACGUGGAUGAUAUGUUUUUUGUGUCUAACGAGAACACUAAUCUUCCCGAAGUGUAG